AAACGGCUGGUCACAUGAGCAGAGAUCUGUUUACAAACCCAAGGCAGAGCAAGAGCAAGGGGAGGAAGGGAAAGACGAAUUUGCAGGCACUCUCUGAGCACCAUUAUGGAUUGAAAGAGGAAGAGGGGAAGCCUGCCAUGACAAAGCCAGCUGGAGGUGCAAGGGGCUGAAUGCGACACACGCAGACACACUCUUGCACACACACCGCCUUUGUCUCUGAUUUUUUAUUUUUUUUUUCUCAAUUGAAGCAGCAGAUGGUUAGAGGGAGAGUAGGAUCCCCCCCUACGCACACACACACACAUCCACUGACAGACACACAAACACACCAGCAAAACACCAAACCCAGCUAGAGGACUGUUGUUGACUGCAUGGAGCUGUCCUCACUUUGUUUGGGCUUUGAGGGAAGUACGUCUUUGCCUUCGAUACUGAGGAGGGAUACCAACCUCAAGAUCAGAGGACUGGAGGAGGAGACAACAGAGGAGACGAGAGGGGGAUGAGACUUGUGAAAAUCCUCUGUUAAAAAAGCAGCUUUGGGAGGAAGACAAAGUGCAGAUUAAUGCCAGAUAAUUACCUUUAUUGGGUGCGGACUGUCAUUUUGAACGGUAGAUGUCACUGAAAUUGGCGAAGGGACAACACUGCAGACACAAAGUGGAGUCAAAGAGGCCCCUUUUCUGCUGGAAAUGAGCACAUGAGGUCUCCAGUCCCGGUCCAAACCCCAGUCCCAAAUCUCCCAAUCUUAACACGGAGUGGUUAAUCCAGAUUUGGGAAUGCUGGGCAGCACAGACUGCUGAGCCAACAAAACCACACCUCCUGAGGAUUUGUGGAAUCUGAGCAAAUCUGAAAAUCUUGAUGGUUGUUUUUGCAGGAGCUAACAUAACCCAACAAAAGAGCGAUCCAGCUCAGGGUGACUGAAUCCAGUCUCCAAAACAGAUUCGGUGUCCGAAGCUCCAGCCCACGAGCUUGGCUCGUCUCCAGCCUUCUCCUGACAGGGCCUGAAUUUACUGCUGCUGCCUUGGGAGUCAAAUUUCAUGCAACCAUUCCAAUGGUGUAACGGAUGCCUGUGUGGUUUGGGUUCUCAGCGCUCUGAACACUACUGCAGCAUGACGUCUGACAUCUAUCACCUGCCGCUCAAUGUGUAUGUCAUUGUGCUGGGCAUCGGCCUCUUCGUCUUCAUGCUCAGCCUCAUCUUCUGCUGCUACCUUUUCAGGUUGAAACAACAAGGAACCAGGGAGCAGUUCAGCUACAAUGAGGUGGUGCUGAAGGGGGCAAGCAAGAAACUGAGCCUUCUAGGACAAACCUGUGCAGUGUGUCUGGAGGAAUUCAGGACCCGAGAUGAACUGGGAGUGUGUCCAUGCUCACAUGCAUUUCACAAGAAGUGCCUGCUUAAGUGGCUGGAGAUCCGCAGUGUGUGCCCCAUGUGUAACAAACCCAUCCUCCGGCUCCACACAGACGCUCCCCAGGGUGCUGAGGGUCCCAUGGACCCGGAGGAGGUGUGAGAGAGCUGGGGAAGAAGAAACCGGACUCCCCCAACAGAAAACACACACAUUAAACACUAGAGAUGAUGAACAGCGGUCAUGUUUAAGACAUCUCACAGGAAAUGUUGAUAGUGAUCCCAAGUGGCAGCGUUUGCUGCUGACCUUUGAGCAAUAUGCCUUGGUGGGAAUUGGAUAUUGAUAGCACCAACAUGAUUUGGUCAGAUCAGUCACAGAGAGAGUGGAUGAAUAGGAUCUUUUCAUACAAAUGCUCCUAGUUCUACUUCCAUGUUGCACUGUUCACCAAAAAAAAAAAAAAGACAGGAAAAGGAGCCACAUUAGAGAGCUGGAUAUCAUUGCCACUGUCACUGGACAACUAGUGCAGCACUGCCAGGGACAAACAACACUACAGGCAUUGAGCAGGACAUCAGAAUACAGGAUUAGUAUGGAUACCUCUACUAUCUCAGGGGUGUUACCAAUACAGCCAGCACAAACCAUGCCGAUCACCCUAUAACCCUGUGCCACACAUGCAUCUUCAAAACUGCCAAUGUAGGUGAAGCACUGGAACAAAGACCAGCUGGAUUACAACCGACGAUUUAAGUAGACAAUAUUGUUACCGAUUGUGUCCCAGGCCAUUUUCCUUUUAAAAAGAGACUGAUAGAAAACUAGUCUUGCCUGUAUGUAUUGUAUGUAAACGUCUCCCUAUAUAUUGUUAUUUUGUAUUUUAAAUAAAGCGUCAUGUAAUGUAUUGUAA